AUGGCAGAUGGUAUUGUGCCUCUCCCCACUUCUCUGGUGAAGGGCUGCCGGUGUCUUCAGAUUGACUGCUGGGAUGGAGCCCAGAAUGAGCCCAUUGUCUACCACAGCUCCACUGUUCAAGACAACUGUUCAAGCAAGCUGCUGUUCAAGACCAUGAUCCAGGCCAUCAACAAGUAUGACUUCAUGACAUCCUAUUACCCUGUGGUGCUGUCACUAGAAAAUCACUACUCCCCUAAUCAGCAAGAAAUAUUGGCCAAUAUCUUGCAGAACACACUUGGGGACACGCUACUUUUUGACAUGCUGGAUGAAUUCCCAGACUCCCUGCCAUCUCCUGAGGUAAAAUUCAAGAUAUUAAUUAAGAACAAGAAAAUUGGAAUGCUAAUGGAGACUUGGGCAAGGAAAGGUUCAGACAAACACGGAAAGGUGGAAGAGUAUGAAGAGGAAGUGGGAGAUCAAGAGGAAGAAGAGAAGGAAGUGAAGGACGCGGAAAGACAAGAGCCUCAGGAAAAGGAGUCUGAGCUCCUGAAGACCUUCACUUCCACUGAUCUCACCAUUUAUACCAAAUCAGAGAGGUCAAGCUUCCACUAUGCAAGGCUGUACCAGCAGUUAAAUGAAGGCAGCUCCCUGAGUAAGUCCCAAGCGAGGAGGCUUUCCAAGCUGAGAGUCCAGGAAUUUAUUUUUCACACCAGGAAGUUAUUUACCAGACUCUAUCGCAAGGUGAUAAGAGAAGAUUCUUCUAAUUUUAAUCCUCAAGAAUUUGGGAAUAUGGGUUAUCAAGUGAUGGCCCUGAAUUUCCAGGCACUGGGUCUGCCCAUGGACUUGAAAAAAGGGAACUUUCUGGAUAAGGGUGGCUCUGGGUAUCUUCUUAAGCCAUUCUUCCUCAGAGCUCAUAAAGCAGACUUUAACCCAAUGAAUGCAACCGACUGUGAGUUGAUCACACUUUCAAUAACGGUAAGAGGAAUGAGUGGAAUCCAGCUACCUCUCAGCAGCUCACCCACCAGCAAGGCUGACAUGCUGGUGAUUAUCGAAGUAUAUGGCGUUCCCAACGUCCACAUCAAACAGCAGAUUCGUGUCAUUAGGAAAAAUGCUUUCUCCCUCAAAUGGAACGAAAACUUCACCUUUAUUACACAAGUGCUGGCGUUAACAUUGAUCUGCUUCGUGGUGGAGGCCCCGGGCCUGAGAGUGGGGAAUGAGUUUUGGGGGCAGUACACCUUGCUAGUCCUGUGCAUCAACAAAGGUUAUCACCUGGUUCCUCUGUUCUUCAGAACAGGUGAGAGUCUGGAACCUUCUUCACUCUUUGUGUACAUGUGGUACAUUCGCGAGGAGAAUGGCACAUGUCACCUGUUGCCUCUGCACACCAAUAAAACAGCUGGACUCAUGUCCUUUCCGUGUUGUUUCUCCCCCUGCUUUGAGUCAGGGAACAGAAAGAAUCAUACAUGGAAACAGAAAGGUUGA